GCCGAAGACUCCCUCUCCUACAUUGGGCCGGCCUCUUCAAGCAUAGCUGGAGCCGGAGAAUCGGCAGCAAGAAUUGCAGCGCGCACAAGGAAGUCCUAACCCACCCUAGACGGAAGAAGCAAUUCUCGCACCUAUAAAUCGAUAAAUCGAGGGAGGCGCUGCGAAGAACACCACCACCACCUUCAAGAACAAAAAUCAAAGCCACGAUCAAAGGAUUACUGGAUAACAAACAAUCUGAGGGCCAGGAUGCAGCAGCGACUGAGAACACAUCCGUGCUGCGAAUGCGGGGCCUACCAUAUUCAUUCAUCAAAGAGGACAUCAAGAAGUUCUUUGAAGACUUCGUCUUGUCAGACGAGUCGAUCCACUUCAGGGUAAACGCCGAAGGGAGGCCGACAGGUGAAGGGUUCGUGGAGUUUCGUGGGCCCGAGGACGCGAAGGCGGCGCUGGCAAAGGAUAGGAUGACGCGGCAGUCGCUACAUUGAGCUUUUCCCUUCAUCACUUGAGGAACUGAGUGAGGCUCUUUCAGGGGUGGUUCAUUGAGAAGGCAUAUGUGUUCUUUGUUAGGCUUCUUAGGGAGGGGAUGGUUUAUUGAGGUUUUUUCUUAUCUUUUUUCUCCUCCCAGUUGAAGCAUUAACGGAUGGUGUGUUCUAAUGUCAUCUUUAUACUUGAAGUAUGAAUUCAUCUGAGACUUUUAUUUAUUAAUGACAAAAAAAACCAUUUUCUUUCCAAAUUAAAAUUACUAGGAAGUU